UUUGCGAGGGCAGCCGGGCCGGGCCUGGCGUCUCCGGCCUCACCGGGGGUGGCCGGGGGCGGUGGCGGGGCCCAGCCCGCCCCCGUGAGCGGCGGCCGGAGCCCCGGGGCCCUGGGCCGGUCCCCCCGCCCGGGCCGGGGCUGUUCGCAUGAGCCCCCCCCGCGCUGGCGGGGGCCGGGGCUGAGCGGGGCCGUCCCGCCAUGGCGGCGGGGAGCGGGGCAGCGGCGGCCCCCGCCCGGGAGCACCGUCUGCAGCCCGGGGACACGCUGCCGGGGCUGGCGCUGCGCUACGGGGUGACGAUGGAGCAGAUCAAGCGCGCCAACCGCCUCUACACCUCGGACACCAUCUUCCUCAAGCCCACCCUCCUCAUCCCCGCGCCGGAGGGACCCUGCCCCGACGACAAGGACAAAGACGCACCCGUCCCCCCGGGGGACACCCUGGCCGCCCCCGUCCCAUCCCGCCACGACCUCUCGGCCACCGAUUUCCUGCGGCAGCUCGACGCCGAGAUCGGGCGCUCCAAGGCGGCGGCGGCAGAGCGGCUCCGUGCCGGCAGCACCGGCACGGCCGAGGCCAAAGGCACCCGGAGCCCCGAUGCCGGGGUCCUGCCAGCCCCCCGGGGUCCCCGCCUUGGUCCCCGGCCCCUCACCAGGACCCCGCGGGCGGCCGCUCUCCGUGAUGCCGAGGACGAGAUCUUCACCCUGUGACACUGGGGACACCGGGGACGCGAUGCCGAGGACGAGAUCUUCACGCUGUGACAACCGUGGACACUGGCGACAUGAUGCCGUGACUGCCACGCCAUGACUUCCACCCCACGGUGACGGGGACGCCGGGGCACUCCCAGCCCCGUCUGGGGGAUACUGGAGGGGACACAGGGAUUUUUUUGGGGGGGGACAUGGUGUCCCCUUCCUGUCUCCUUCAAGGGACCUUUCCUGCUGCAGGGACACCCCACACCUGGGUGUAGAGCCAGCCCUCUCGCAAGGCUACUGGGAGGCACUGGGAGGUACUGGGACAAGGUUUACCAGCUGGUGUUUUUCCUCUGGUUGUAUUUAUUUGUACGUCUUCGCUCUCGGGAGGGGUCUUGGGGGGGUGGGACCCCCCCUGUGCCAGUGCCUGGACCCCCAUGGGGACAGUCACCCCCCACCCCGAGAGCCUGUAAAUA